UUGGUUUUCCGCCUUUCCCUCUCCUCUACUGAUGGUGUAAAAUACGCACACGGCACACCGGCGCAAUGCAACAGCUGCCCAACGUGCCCUUUCUUCACCAUCUGACCUUCCCCCACCUUUGGCGGCGUUCCACGACGACCAACUACUGACAAAGGACCAACUCAAAACCCAAAACAGAAAUGUCGUCCCUCACUCUCUCCUCUUCCUCCCUCUCUUUCCCUCACCUCGCCUCCCAUGUUCCCCAUUCCCACCUCCCUCCCAUGGCUAUCAUACGCCACCUAAACCUGCGCCACCUAAAUCUACGCCACCAUCGCCGCCGCUUCGCCUCCGUCGCUGCUGCCGUGCGUCAGGAUACUACUGUCUGGACCCAAGCCCCUCUCACCAGGGUUGAACCCGCCGCUGAAUCCCUCUUCCACGUAACUAUUGACGUCUCCGAUUCGCCGGACCUCUCUAUUUCCUUUACCCGUCCUGGGCAGUACCUGCAACUCCGCUUGCCUGAUGUUGAGAAGCCUUCUUUCCUUGCUAUUGCCUCUCCGCCAUCUCUCUCUGCGUCCAAGGGCGAGUUCGAAUUCCUAGUGAAGGGCGUCCCCGGCUCUACGGCCGAGCUACUAUGCCGGCUCCGAGGUGGUGAUGUUGUUGAACUGAGUCAAGUCAUGGGGAAAGGAUUCGAUAUCGAUCAACUGUCACCUCCGGAGGAGUGUCAAACUGUCAUUAUAUUCGCUACCGGGUCUGGGAUUAGUCCGAUCCGCUCUGUCAUUGAGUCAGGUUUCAGUGCCAACAAGAGAUCUGACGUAAGACUCUACUAUGGUGCUAGAAACCUUCAGAGAAUGGCUUACCAGGAUAGGUUCAAAGAGUGGGAAUCUACAGGUGUUAAGAUUGUGCCUGUAUUGUCACAACCUGACGAUAAAUGGAGGGGGGAACGUGGCUAUGUACAGAAUGCGUUUGCUAGAGCAAAGCAAACUUACAAUCCUUUGUCCACUGGCGUAUUACUUUGUGGGCAGAAACAAAUGACUGAGGAAGUUACUUCUGUUCUUUUGGCCAUUGGUGUGUCGAGGGAGAAGAUUUUGAAGAACUUCUGAGUCUGACAGCAGUCAGUUUUGAUUCCAAUGUAUUAUUUCAUUACCGAGAAAUGGUUAGAAACUAAUUCUUUCAUUGUAUAACGCUGAGAUAUCAAUUGCUUCGGGUAAAAAUAACAAAAUAAAAUGACCCCUGAUACGUCAGCUUCUCCCAUAUGUUCGGGACUUCGGGUGGUUUAGAAUCCAUCCAGAAGGCGAUUCUACCUGGAUAUGCUAAAUCGGACUGUUGCAGAAUUUAUUUUAUUUUAUUUUUCCUGAGUGGUCAAAUACGUAUUUCCUCCACGUGUUGGAGAUGGAUCCUUUAAAUGUAAUUUAUGUUAAGAGGCAAUACUGAUAUGUGCAAGUCACAUUUUGUGAUGGA